AUGCCAAAAGAUGGAAUGGCCCCUGGUGUGACAUAUGCAAAAGAAACCAGCAGGAGGCAGAGAAAGCUGAGGGAGGACCGCUGUGAGAAUAACAAGCUGGGAGGCUCCAGCUCGCGUCACUCUGACCGUGUUCCAGUGGAGGACCUGCCUGACCCUAACCCACUGGAGGACCUGUCUGACCCUAACUCACUGGAGGACCUGUCUGACCCUAACCCACUGGAGGACCUGUCUGACCCUAACCCACUGGAGGACCUGCCUGACCCUAACCCACUGGAGGACCUGCCUGACCCUAACCCACUGGAGGACCUGACCUGUCUGACCCUAACCCCACUGGAGGACCUGCCUGACCCUAACCCACUGGAGGACCUGUCUGACCCUAACCCACUGGAGGACCUGUCUGACCCUAACCCACUGGAGGACCUGUCUGACCCUAACCCACUGGAGGACCUGUCUGACCCUAACCCACUGGAGGACCUGUCUGACCCUAACCCACUGGAGGACCUGUCUGACCCUAACUCACUGGAGGACCUGACCUGCCUGAUCCUAACCCACUGGAGGACCUGUCUGACCCUAACCCACUGGAGUGGGUUAGGGUCUGACCCUAACCCACUGGAGGACCUGCCUGACCCUAACCCACUGGAGGACCUGUCUGACCCUAACCCACUGGAGGACCUGUCUGACCCUAACCCACUGGAGGACCUGUCUGACCCUAACCCACUGGAGGGCCUGCCUGACCCUAACCCACUGGAGGACCUGUCUGACCCUAACCCCACUGGAGGACUCUAA